AUGGACGAGAAAGUAGAAACCGAGAGAGUCGAAGAAACAACUACAGCCGGGAACAAUGAGCCAGCCAAAAGCCAGCCGCUCAUGCGGUCGGGCCUCGACAACCUGAGCAUCUGGGAGAGUCUGCGGCGGUACAAGGUUGUCACGAUGAUUGCCAUGGCGGCGGCGUUCAGUGCGUCGCUGGAUGGAUACCAGAUCAACCUCAACGGCGGCGUCGUCUCAAACAAAGGCUUCAUCCAGCAGAUGGCCAAACCAGGGACGCUGAUCAUCGACGGCAAAUACAUCUCGGCCUGGGGCGGGAUCCAGUCGGCGGGGCAGACGGUUGGGCAGAUUCUGCUGCAGUACGUGACAGACGGCUACGGCCGCAAGAUCGCGCUGUAUGUCAUAUUUCUCACGUUCGUGAUUAGCGUUAUGAUCGAGUCCUUCGCAACACACUGGGACCACUGGCUCGUGGCCAAGCUGUUCUCAGGCAUGGGCGUUGGCAUGCUCCAGUCGACGAUGCCGCUCUACCUCGCUGAGAUCUCGCCAACGCAGCUGAAGGGGUUUCUGAUCAAUGCAUAUAGCUUCUGGUUCGUCAUCGGCCAGCUCUUCGCCUCCGUAGCCCUAAACCGGCUCAACGCGAGCGACCCGUAUAACUUCCGCACCCCGAUCUACACGCAGGUCCGUCUCCCAUCCAAACUCACCUGGACCGGGCUAACAAUGCAGUGGGCGAUGGUCGGCAUCGCAGGCAUGAUCUUCAUCGCCCUCCCCGAGUCCCCCUGGUGGCUGGUCGGCAAAGACCGGCACGAAAACGCAGGCAGGGUGCUCCGUGUCUGCAACGGGAAUGUGCAGGGGUACGACGUGCAGGAGCAGAUCGGAAUCAUGACGGCAACCAUCGCGGAAGAACGACACGUCGCGGCGCGCAACAGCCAGCAGGGGAUGUGGGCUGUUUUCCAAGGGCGGAACUUCAUCCGGUUCAUUAUAGCGGGCUGGCCGAAGAUCACGCAGCAGUUUGUGGGAUUGAGUGUGUUUAAUACCUACGCCACGUAUUUCUUCCAAUACGCCGGCAACUCCGACCCCUUCCUCGUCACGCUCAUCCUCUCCUGCGUGCAGAUCAUCUCGAUGAUCGUGACGUGCACGCUUACAGAUCAAUUAGGACGACGGCCGCUGACGGUAUACCCGUACGGCGUGACGGUCCUCUCCGUCCUUGCGCUGGGGAUCGUCGGCUGUUUCGACUACACGACAUCAUCUCUAAGCUCUCUCCUCAUAUUCUUCGCCUGCCUCGCGACGUUCUCGACGACCGGCGCCUCCGCAAUCGGGUACGCCUACGCCGCCGAGAUCCCGUCGCAGCGGCUGCGCGCCCAAACAGCGGCGUUUAGUCUCGCGAGCUCGAAUAUGGUGGCGAUCAUGUUCUCCUUCUGCACGCCGCUGAUGAUUAACGGGGGGUCGACGAAGUGGGGUGUUAAGACGGGGUUUUUGUACGCUCAUUUCUCUCCUUGGUGGGUGGAGGGCAUGGAUGCUGAUUUUGGAUCUAGUUUCGCGGCGACCGGGGCGAUUUCGGUGCUUGUUGCGUGGUUUAUUCUCCCUGAGGUUACGAGGCGCACGCCGGGGGAGAUUGAUGAGUUGUUCGAGAAGAGGGUUAAUCUGCGCAAGUUCGAUGAGUAUGUCACUGACGUGCAGAUUAAUGCGACUGGGCGGGAGAAGGGUGAUGUUGUGGCCUAG